GAGUCAUUCGUUCUCCGACAUCGCUCCGAAUCGGUUGUACUUUUCUUCGUGUUUUUAUUCCAUUCCGAUUCCGAUUCCGAUUCAAAUACAAACAUUUAACGAGGAAGCCAAGCUGCCAUUGUUUAUUAGCCAAUUCCCAUACAGCUUUAUUGUGUCUUUGUGAGAGUGUUGUGUCACACAAAAAGUGUCGCCUUACUUUUGGUCUGGCAUGCAAGUCAUGAUCUUGGCUCGCAGCCGGCUUUACUGCCACCUUGAUGACGCAUUUCUUCUUGAGCACAGAUCUUUGUAAACAACAACAACCUCUGUGGCUGUGGCUGCCUACCUGUGUGCCCCUUCGGCUGCGCUGGUAUUUGUUUCGGUGGUGGUAGCAGUAUCGGUAUCUGUUAGUUUCUUUGUCGGAGUGUGCAAAAGAUGCUCGAAAAAACGCUUGGCGCGCAUUUUGCGGGCCGGCAAUAUGCAAAAUGCAGCUGCUCCGCUCUGUUGCUUUCUCUGAUUGUGCCGCUGUUUCCUCUGCUCCUGCUCGGCCCAUCUCUGGCAGCGGGGCAUGUCAGUAGUGGAUCUGCGUCAUCCUCAUUAGCUCCCACCCCCGAUCCCAGCCUGGUGCUGGUCAACAAAUGCUGCGAGAAAUUCGAAAUACACGUGGACAACGAGUGCCAGCAGGUCAACGAAACGGAAUUCUUUCAGCCAAUGUUCACCAGCUAUGAUGGGUCGCAGAACAGGCCCGUUCGUUUCAAGUUCGUCAUCGGCAUCCCCAACUGUGGCUCCUUGCAGAUGUGGCCCAUAUACCACUAUGUGGGGAGCUCUGAUAAGCUGAUACUGCUUGACGAUGGGAGGUUAAGACACUUCACCAAUGCCCAGGAUGAGGAGGAGGAGGUCAAUGGCAUUCGGACGGACUACGAGGAAGACAUUGUCGGCGCACUGGAACCACUUUUUCACGAUUACGAUCAUGGAUUGUACUGCAUCGAUAAAGCUACCUCCAGCACUGGCGACGAACAGGUACUCUUCGCAAAGAUCUGCUUGGCCCACAAGGAAAUCAAGUGGAAUGAUUCAAACUUCCUGCUCCGCAAGAUUCUCAAUCCCAUUUUCCAUGGUAUCUCACUGAUUGUUCUUUUGGUUAUAGCCAUUAUCUAUUUUAUACUGCCUACUCUAAGCAGAGAUCUGGUGGGAAAUAUUGUAACAACUAUUGCCGUGUGUCUGAUGGUCAGCCAGGCGGCCGACCUGGUUCGCAUCUUCACCGAACUGACCAGCCAUGUUAGCUUCAUUGUUGCGGAUAUAAUCUUGUGCUUUAGCUUGCUUGCAGCCUUCUUCUGGCUAAACAGCUUCGGCUACUACAUCUGGAAAACGUUUCGGUCGAGAAACGUCUUCCUACGGGUUACGGAUGGCCGAAAGUACUGUUACUACUCCGCCUAUGCUUGGGGAUGCACGGGAACAAUGGCAGCCAUGGCCGUCUUUGCCCAUUUUUUCCUGGACGCAGAGUCUUACAAGCAGGAGAACCUAGUAGGCGAACAGGAGACGAUCGGGUUGCUGGGAAUAUGCAUAUUCUUUGCACCAAUUGCAUGUACUAUUCUGGUCAAUAUUUUCUUCUUUGUGACCACCAGAAAGCUGAUAAAUAGGCGGACUGUUUACGGGCGCAUUGCCCAUAAGUUAAAAGCUAACUUUAUAAUGUUUUCACUAAUGCUCCUGGUGAUGUCAAUAUCUUGGCUCUUCCUUAUCUUGACCUGGCUGCAGUUGGAAGGAUUGCUGUAUGCGCACAUCAUAAUGAACGCUCUGGUGGCCCCACUUUUGCUCUACAUAUGCGUACUGCGCCAGAGGCACGUCACCUUCCUGUUAAAGAAAACCUGCUGCUACAAUGAACCACCUUCGGCGAAUGACUGGGGCGAUGAGCUGCACUACAUGAACGGCAACGACUACUGAGACGUCACCUUUUACCCGCCCUCACUACUUUAAGUGUUUUUUAAUUUAGCAAUGUCUAACAUUGAGAUUUGUACUUAAACUUAACUAAUUUAUGCUGUACGAGAUAGUAAUUGAAUUAAAAGUCUGACACUCA